AGGCAAGGUUCCGAUCGAGAGAGAGAGAGAGAGAGAUGAAUAAUUCAACCCAACAAGCAGAAAUACAGCUUCCAAGAAACGACUGUCAUGCUCACAAGAAAGUGGUGAGGUACAAGGAAUGCCACAAGAACCAUGCAGCUGAAAAUGGUGGGAAUGCAACUGAUGGUUGUGGAGAGUUCAUGCCAAAUGGAGAAGAAGGCACCUUUGAAGCCCUGAAGUGCUCAGCCUGCAACUGUCACAGAAAUUUCCACAGGAAAGAGAUUGAAUCUGACUCAUGCUCCUCUCACUGUUAUCACACUACUCCAACCAUACUCAACAUCAAUGCUAGGAGAUCACCUAAUUGGGGCCAUCAUGAAGAUCAGUACAAUGCAGUUCUGGGGUCAUCCAUUGGGUGCCCUACAACUACAAUGAUGAUUUCCUAUAAAAGUGGGUCGGUCCCCUCAGAGUCGAAUGAUGAGAAGGAAGAUGCAUAUGGGAGCUGUCCUGUGGCAAGGCCGGCUGAUAAAGUGAAAAAGAGGUUUAGGACCAAGUUUACAAAAGAGCAGAAGGAAAAGAUGUUGAGCUUUGCAGAAAAGGCUGGUUGGAGAAUGCAGAAGCUAGAAGAAUCUGCUGUGCAGCAGUUCUGCCAAGAGACUGGGAUCAAUAAGAGAGUUCUAAAGGUGUGGAUGCAUAACAACAAACACCACUUUGCAAAUAAAAACUCCACUAGCUAG